AAUCUUGUUGGCAAUUGCAUGGCCCAGUUGACUUACAAAUAUCUACAGAGAAAGCUACGCAAAACAACAGCCCAGGGUGCUCUGCUCGUGUGCAUGAAACAUGGAUCAUGGAUGAUGUCCCGGCGAGGGAGACCUCAUGUAACCCUAACACAACGGCUUCGGUACAAUGUGAUGCGCUCAAAAAGAUGACCAGAGCCAGGAUCCGGAUCCGUGGGACCAAUCAUUCAAUGUCUCCUUGACUUGCCCGGUAGGUUUCCUGCCCUCAUUGGCACGAGCGAUCCAAUCGUAGCGUAUACGCACCAACGCGACACGUCAGGAGAUACAUACAAAUAACCCCCACUCAAACGACGUCGGCUCGUUACCGACGUGGGAGUUAUUUUCCAGCGAGCUCUGUGCGGGGUCAGCUUUCUUCUGGGGAGCAUGGCCUGUCACUGCUCCGCAUACCACUGCUCCUAUUUAAAGGGCUCUCUUGGCCGUGUAGAUCGUUUCUUUCUCCUGAUGUUCCCAUGUGCGUGCUGUAAGAGUACAUCUACCUUGGGUUAACCAUCAUGUUGGUUGGCAACAUCUAUGUCAUUGCGGGCAUCGCCGUCGUUGGCGGUGCCCUCUUUGGCUUUGAUAUCUCUUCCAUGUCUGCUCAGCUGAAUGAAAACUCCUACAAAUGUUACUUUAACCAAGGCCCUCAGGGCCCUCCAUUCACCGACGAUCCAGAUUGCUCCGGCCCCAAGUCAUUAGUUCAAGGCGGUAUCACCGCAUCUAUGUCCGCUGGCUCUUGGCUAGGCGCCUUGAUCUCCGGCCCGUUGUCUGAUCGCAUUGGCCGAAAGACUUCAAUCAUGGCCGCUUGCUCUCUUUGGAUCAUCGGCUCCACGAUCAUGUGCGCCUCCCAGAACAUUGGCAUGCUCAUUGUGGGCCGUAUCUUCAACGGUCUCUGUGUGGGUAUCGAAUCUGCCCAGGUCCCCGUGUACAUCAGUGAAAUUUCACCGCCGUCGAAACGAGGUCGGUUUGUUGGUGUUCAACAAUGGGCCAUCACAUGGGGUAUUCUUAUCAUGUUCUAUAUUUCGUAUGGAUGUUCCUAUAUCGGCGAACGGAACGCCUUUGGAUACAGCACGGCAGCAUGGAGAGUCCCUUGGGGUCUGCAGAUGAUUCCCGCCGUUUUCCUCUGCUUGGGCAUGAUGAUUCUCCCGGAAUCACCGCGAUGGCUGGCCCGAAAGGAUCGCUGGGAAGAAUGUCAAACCAUCCUGGCAAAGGUACACUGCAAAGGAGACAUGAACCACCCAUUUGUAGCGCUCGAAAUGCAGGACAUCCGGGAGAUGUGUGACUUUGAACGCCAAUUCAAGAAUGUCACGUACUUCGACCUCUUCAAGCCGAGAAUGUUGAACCGCACCAUCAUCGGACUUUUCAUGCAGAUCUGGUCCCAAUUGACGGGCAUGAACGUUAUGAUGUACUAUAUUACAUAUGUCUUCUCGAUGGCCGGGUAUUCCGGAGAUUCAAAUCUACUAGCCUCUUCCAUUCAAUACAUCAUCAACGUCCUUAUGACCCUUCCAGCUCUGGUCUGGUUGGAUCGCUGGGGUCGACGGCCGACCUUGCUUGUUGGUGCAGUAUUGAUGGCCACCUUCAUGUACGCCAAUGGUGCCAUCAUGGCCGUCCACGGGGAGGUCGUGCCGGGAGGUAUUGACGGAGUCGCCCAGCAGUCAAUGAGAUUACACGGUUCGGCAGCUAAAGGGUUGAUCGCCUGUACCUACCUCUUCGUGGCGUCCUAUGCGCCAACCUGGGGCCCCGUCAGCUGGACCUACCCGCCAGAGCUGUACCCCAUGCGUCUCAGAGGUAAAGGUGUUGCCUUGUCAACGUCCGGAAAUUGGGCGUUCAAUACCGCGCUGGGUCUUUUCACUCCCCCUGCAUUUGCCAACAUUCGCUGGCAGACAUAUAUCAUCUUUGGGGUGUUCAACACCGCCAUGCUCAUCCAUGUGUACUUCUUCUUCCCGGAGACGGCUGGUAAGACGCUGGAGGAGACCGAGGCUAUGUUUGAGGAUCCCAACGGCAUCAAAUAUAUCGGUACACCCGCAUGGAAGACACGGGUGACAACAGGGCGGAUUCAGCAAUUGGAGAGAGGUAAUAUCGAGGGUCUCGAGUCGAAGGCGCAGCAAGAACCGGCGGCUCGGGAGGUCGAAGUGGCUCAGGCGGAGCAGCAAACUGCGUCGUAG